GCCCAGGUAAGAGAGGCCGCGCGGCCUGCGUUUUUUCGCAAAAAGGUACCCUGUGACUCUCAUUCUGAUUCAGUGUUCUGAUGAGUUCCCUCUCUUGCAUGGUAAAUGUAACUCUGCCAUCCUGCAGGGCUAAGAGCAGGCUGCGUACCCUCCAGUGAGAUUGUCCAUCCAAGUCCUCAUCAAGCCUAGCUUUGGGGACCUCUCCCAUGUUCUCCCAAAGGACGUGCUGCACACUCUCGUCUGGCAUUCGUCUGGGAACUGGAUUCCCUUACAAGGCACUUGGGCUCUGCCUUUCCCUAGAAAAAGGAGGAGAAAAUGACCAAACUCCAGGAGGCGGUGACCUUCAAGGAUGUAGCUGUGGUCUUCAGCGAGGAGGAGCUGGGGCUGCUGGACGCUGCCCAGAGGAGGCUGUACCGCGACGUGAUGCUGGAGAACUUCAGGAGCCUGCUCUCAGUGGCACAACAACCCUUCAAACCAGAUCUGAUAGCCCAGCUGGAGAGAGAAGAAAGGCUUUUGACUGUGGAGACAGAAGCCCAAAGAGAUGGAUGUUCAGGAAGCAACAAUCAAAGUAAUGUGGAGAGUAUUCAAGACGUGGGAUUAAGUUCCCUUUCUCCCAAAGAGCUCUCCUUCUGUCAGAGCUGGCAGCAAGGUGCAGGCAGGUUAACUACUUGUCAAGAUUCCAUGAAAAACUUUCUGGGUAAGGACUUUGAGUUUCAAAGCCAAGGUGAUUCUCCCUGCCAGAUUUGGGCAGGCUUUCCAAUUCAGAUUUCCGAAGAUGGGAACUAUAUAUUGCCUCAUCUUGGGGAUCAUUCCAGUUGUAUAACAAACCAAGAGUAUUCAUCUCUGAGAGCCCAGCAGGCCUGGAGGAAAACGUGUCUGGUGGAGUCACAGAGUUGUCAGUGUAAAUGUCAUCAACUUUCCAUGAGAAAUAAUGUCUGUAGCUGUAAUGGUGUCAGUUGGAUCUCACAUCACAGUGGUAAUCUGGGAGCACACAGAAGUGGAAAUGGCUACAGUUUCCAUGAUUGCCAAGAAGACAUCAUGAAGGAAUUGUUACUUAAUCAGGACUCGAUUAGAACUGGGCAGAAGCCCUGCUCACGCACUGAGUUUAGAAGACCCUUCACCAAUGACCACAGCUCUGAAGUCCAUCAGCAGUUCUGCUUAGCAGGGAAGCCCCAUACAUGCACUCCAUUCGAAAAGGGCUGUAGUUGCAGGCCAGUUCUUCACAUCUGUCAUAAUGUUGAGAGAGGAGAGGAAGACGUUGUCAAGGAUUCUCAUCUGCAGUCCCAUUGGAGCUCAGAUGCAAAGGGGAAACCAUGCAGAUGUGGUGAGGAUGGUGAGAAUGUCAGUCAGGAUUCCUCUCUUACUCGUGGACUCACCCGCACAGGAGAACUGCCCCAGGGGUGCAGUAUUGAUGAGAAAGCCUUCAGCUAUAGAUUAGACCUUAGCAGUAUUUUUAGGGGUACUAGGGAAAACCCUCCCAACAAAUAUGAGAAUGAGAAUGUUUUCAAUCUGAGUUCAUUUCUUCUUCAUCAGAAAACUCACACUGAGGAGAAACUAUACCCAGGUGUGGAGUGUGGGAAGGGUUUCAUUUGUAGUUCUAAUCUUAACAUUCUGCAGGGAGUUCACAUGGAAGAGAAUCCCUAUAGUUCUGAGGAAUUUGGUAAUGACUUCAGCCUGUCCUCAGAGUUUCAGGAUUUUCAGAUGGUCCACUCCAGGGAGCAGUCAUAUAAACGUUAUGUAUGCAGCAACAGCUUCAGUCGAAAUUCCUAUAUUCAAAACCAGCAGAAAAUUCACAUUAGAGAAAAACCUUACAAAGAGUGUGGGAAUGGCUUCAACUGGAAUUCAAAACUUAAAGAUCACCCACGAGUCCACACUGGACAGAAGCCAUACAAAUGCAACAUGUGUGGCAAGGGCUUCAGCCAUAGAUCGGUUCUUAAUGUUCAUCAGAGAGUCCACACAGGAGAGAAACCCUAUAAAUGUGAAAAGUGUGAUAAGGGCUUCAGUCGGAGUUCAUACCUGCAGGCCCACCAGAGAGUUCACACUGGAGAGAAACCAUACAAAUGUGAGGAGUGUGGGAAGGGCUUCAGUCGGAAUUCCUAUCUUCAAGGCCAUCAGAAAGUUCACACUGGAGAGAAACCAUAUAAGUGUGAACAGUGUGGUAAGGGCUUCAGUCGGAGUUCACACCUUCAAGGCCACCAGAGAGUUCACACUGGAGAAAAACCAUUCAAAUGUGAGGAGUGUGGGAAGGGCUUCAGUUGGAGCUUUAAUCUUCAAAUUCAUCAGCGGGUUCACACAGGAGAAAAACCCUACAAAUGUGGAGAGUGUGGGAAAGGCUUCAGCAAGGCCUCUACUCUUCUGGCCCAUCAGAGAGUCCACACAGGAGAGAAGCCCUACCAGUGUGAUGAAUGUGGUAAGAGCUUCAGUCAGAGAUCAUACCUUCAAAGCCAUCAGAGCGUCCACUCUGGAGAGAGGCCAUAUAUAUGUGAGGUGUGUGGGAAGGGCUUCAGUCAGAGAGCAUAUCUACAAGGUCACCAGAGAGUCCACACUAGAGUGAAACCAUAUAAGUGUGAGAUGUGUGGAAAGGGCUUUAGUCAGAGUUCACGCCUUGAAGCCCACCGGAGGGUCCACAUAGGAGGGAAACCAUACAAAUGUGAGAUGUGCACCAAGGGCUUUAGUGAGAGUUCCCGCCUUCAGGCACACCAGAGGAUCCAUGCAGAAGGGAGACCUUAUAAAUGUGAACAGUGCGGUAAGGGUUUCAGUGGGUACUCAAGUCUUCAAGCCCACCACAGGGUGCACACUGGGGAGAAACCAUACAAAUGUGAGGUGUGUGGUAAGGGCUUCAGUCAGAGAUCAAACCUCCAAGCUCAUCAGAGAGUCCACACAGGAGAGAAGCCCUACAAAUGCGAUACUUGUGGCAAGGGUUUCCGUUGGAGCUCAGGUCUUCUGAUUCAUCAGAGAGUCCAUAGCAGUGAUAAAUUCUAUAAAAGUGAGGCAUACAGUAAGGGCUAUCCUUUGUCAGAGGAUCUGCAUUGA